GAGUAUUGCGUUUAACUCCAUCUCUCUCUCUCUCUCGACGGUUCAAUGACCGAUUGAUUUCUCUGUUGAUCUUCUGAUUCAACACUCCGGCUCUCUCUGUUGCUCUCAACGAUGAUGAAUCACUGCCUCUCACCGGCGGUGUUGAGAGUGUUCGCGGUGGUGACAACGGCGCCGAGAAACAUGACGGCGAGGGAGACGACGGGGAAAUAGAUAGAGUUGGGAGAGAGGAUGAGGACGACGUGGUCAGUGGCGGCGUCGAUGAAGGCGGUGGUGCCGCGGUGAGGCUGAGAGGAGAUGAAAGUGGUGAUAUUAAGUGUAGGGUGCGCCGGGAGAGGCAAUGGGUUGCAGAAACCGCUUCUGGAAUCAAUGAGAGUUAAUGUUUUUUAGUUCCUCUGUCUCUUAACAAACAGCUUCAGGAAAUGAUGUUGAUGAGCCUUGAAAAUAAGCUUUUUGACAACAUGGAGAUCGUUUUUAAUGUGUACCUAAAGAUGAGCUUGCUGAAGUAUUACAAGUCAUUGAGCCUUCUAAAAACAAGGAGAAAACAUGUGGAGAGGAAAUCGCAAAAGGAUUUAGGAAUUGAAUGCAGUUAGUAGUUGUUAGUGGUUGGAGUAAGUUUUUUUUGUAACAAGUGGUUGGAGUAAGUUAAUGCAAAGAUUAAAGUAGAUGAUUAAGUGUUGCUAUAUAAGCGACCAUAGUGCGGAAAUGUUUUCGUCAUCGGGCAGUGAACACUGCAUAGAACAAGAAAACUAAAAAGCAGGAAGACAUGGGGCGUCUAGUUAAUGGAGCUACUCUAUUGGCUUUAUUAUGUUUUCAUGUUUUCGCUGCGAAUGUUACUGCCAGAAAUGGUGUGAGUUCUAGCAAAGAUGAAGAGGAAAAAACGUUAAUUGGAAGCGGCAAGGGUGGUGGAUUUGGCGGUGGAUUUGGAGGAGGAUCUGGCGGUGGAAUAGGAGCAGGCGGUGGUUUUGGAGGCGGCGGUGGUGCUGGUGGAGGUGGAGGAGGUUUUGGUGGUGGACAGGGGGGAGGUGUCGGAGUCGGUGGUGCCUUUGGUAAGGGUGGUGGGGUUGGCGGUGGUUUUGGAGGUGGAGGUGGACACGGUGGAGGAGUUGGUGGUGGUGCUGGAGCAGGUGGUGGGUUUGGAAAAGGCGGAGGGAUCGGAAAGGGUGGCGGAGCUGGUGGUGGAAUAGGCAAAGGCGGUGGUCUUGGUGGAGGAGUUGGCGGUGGAAUAGGCAAAGGUGGAGGAGUUGGUGGCGGGAUUGGAAAAGGUGGAGGUAUUGGUGGCGGUAUAGGCAAAGGUGGAGGAGUUGGCGGUGGUUAUGGUAAAGGAGGAGGUAUUGGUGGUGGUAUCGGAAAAGGCGGAGGAGUUGGAGGUGGUAUUGGCAAAGGCGGAGGAGUUGGGGGUGGUAUUGGUAAAGGCGGAGGUAUUGGCGGUGGUAUCGGCAAAGGCGGUGGAGUUGGUGGUAGUAUUGGCAAAGGUGGAGGAGUUGGCGGUGGAAUUGGCAAAGGGGGAGGUAUUGGCGUUGGCAUUGGCAAUGGCGGAGGUAUCGGCGGUGGCAUUGGAAAAGGUGGUGGAAUUGGCAAAGGAGGAGGCAUUGGAGGCGGAAUUGGCAAAGGUGGAGGUGGUGGCGGCUUUGGGAAAGGGGGAGGUAUAGGCAAAGGCGGAGGCAUUGGUGGUGGUAUUGGAAAAGGAGGAGGAAUUGGUGGCGGCAUAGGCAAAGGCGGAGGCAUUGGAGGUGGAGGAGGCUUUGGCGGUGGAAGUGGAUUUGGCAAAGGCGGGGGAAUCGGUGGUGGAAUAGGCAAAGGCAGAGGCAUUGGAGGUGGAGGAGGCUUUGGCGGUGGAGGUGGAUUUGGCAAAGGCGGGGGAAUCGGUGGUGGAAUAGGCAAAGGCGGAGGAUUUGGUGGCGGGGGUGGAUUUGGGAAAGGAGGGGGUUUUGGUGGAGGUGGUGGAUUUGGUAAGGGCGGAGGAUUUGGCGGUGGAGGCUUUGGAGGCGGAGGUGGGGGUGGAGGGGGUGGCGGAAUCGGACAUCACUAAGCUGAAACACAUUACGUUGUAUUGAAUGCAUGCCUCACGUACACUUGGUUUACAAGCCUUGAGCAUUUCCAAAUAUACUAGCUUGAUGUACUUUGAAUUACGACGAGGAAUGAGUUUCGUUCGACGCAUUCUAAUAAUACAGAUUGUAUCAUGUUGAACA